ACUAGGGUGGGGGGAGGGGUGCAGGUUCUGGCAAGGCGCCUCCCGGAUCUUGCACGGGCUUUGCAUAGCCGGACUGGGAACCACGAGCCGGGCUGCGCGCCCCGGGCCGUCCGACAGUGUUCCCCGCUUCCGCUUUGCUGCAAGCAAGCACCGCCUCUCCGCGAGUCGCUUCCGCCGGCCCGGGUUUCCCUUGCACCUUGCCGGAUGGCUGGGGCUGGAUGAACCCUUUGCAGGUGAACAAUGUCUUUUCAUGCCGGACGUGGGUGUCCCCAGGGCCGUGGAGGAGCUGCCAUAAGGGCUUCGACCCAGACUUUUCGCCCCCAAAACUUGAGACAACUCCAUCCUCAGCAGCCUUCGGUGCCCUUUCAGUAUGACCAGCAACCUGUGACUCCGUCUGCCUAUCCAAGUCCUCCUGCUGCAGGCUAUGUGCCGCCUAGGCCGGAUUUUGUCCCGUAUCCACCACCCAUCCCCCCGUCUCCCCAGAGCACCAUCAGCCAAUGCCCCCCGAGGCCACCCUUUAUGGGCCACCAAGUGAGACAGAAUUUCCCCCUCCCUCCUUGCUUCCCUCCGGCUCCACCCCCUGUCCCAAACCCCGGCAACCCCCCGGUUCCAGCAAACGCAGCCGGGCAAAACACGUUUCCUUACAUGAUCCCACCUCCGUCCAUGCCACACCCCCUUCCUCCGCCAAUCAUUCCUCAGCAGGUCAAUUACCAGCCUGUGUACUCUCCAGCCUAUUCGCAACAGACCUUUCCCCCUCCCAAUUUUAACAAUUACCAGCAUAACUCAAACUCUUAUCAAAGCAGCGGCAGCAACACAAACAGCGGCGGUAACGCCAACACCAAUUUCCGGCACUCGGGUCAGUAUCAGGUAGAGAAGUCGCCGAACGAACGAAGGUCACCCGAGAGGGGGAAACACUAUGAAGAGCAUCGCCACAGAGACCACUAUCACGGGCACGGAGAUCGGCAUCGGUCCGCCAACCACGUAGAGCGGCGCGAUCGAGGGAGGAGCCCAGACCGGAGGAGGCAAGAAGGUAGUCGGCACCGGUUGGAUUACACCAGGGGGAGAACUCCACCCCGCCACAGAAGUUACGAGUGGUGUAGGGACCGACAGAGAGAACGACACCGUCACCGUGACAACCGACGGUCACCUUCUGCAGAGAGAUCCUACAGAAAAGAUCACAAGAGAACAGGAAGUCGGUCCCCCAGCCAAGACCGAAAAAGGCCUCGCUGGGAAGAGGACAGGGACCGGUGGUCCGAAAAUGCCACCAGAGAGAAGAGCUACACCUCCAUCAAAGACAAGGAGCCCGAAGAGGCUGCCGUUGAAAAGACCGAGGAAGAUGACGAGGACCUGCUGAAGCCCGUGUGGGUUCGCUGCACCCAUUCGGAAAGCUACUAUUCCAGCGACCCAAUGGAUCAAGUGGGAGAUUCCACCGUGGUUGGAACGAGCCGACUGAGAGAUCUCUAUGAAAAGUUUGAAGACGAGCUGGGGAAGCGACAGGAAAAGGCCAAAGCUGCGAGGCCUCCGUGGGAGCCACCAAAGACCAAGCUGGAUGAAGAUGUGGGGACCUCCAGCGAUUCUGAUUGUGACUCAGAUGACGACAGCUGUUCCAGCAGUUCGGAUUCUGAAGUGUUCGACGUCAUUGCCGAAAUUAAGCGCAAGAAGGCUCACCCGGACCGUCUGCAUGAGGAGCUUUGGUACAACGACCCUGGACAGAUGAACGAUGGACCUCUCUGUAAAUGCAGUGCUAAAGCCAGACGGACCGGGAUAAGACACGGCAUCUAUCCUGGGGAAGAGCCUAUUAAACCCUGUCGGCCCAUGACGAACAACGGCGGAAGGUUGUAUCACUACCGCAUUACGGUGUCGCCUCCGACAAACUUCUUAACGGACAGACCGACUGUCAUAGAGUACGACGACCACGAAUACAUCUUUGAGGGCUUCUCCAUGUUUACCCAUGCUCCGCUCACCAAUAUUCCUCUGUGUAAAGUCAUCAGAUUUAACAUUGACUACACCAUCCAUUUCAUCGAGGAGAUGAUGCCCGAAGUAAGUUGUGGGAUUGAUUAUUCCAAGACGUCUGUUUGUUCAGGUCCUUCAGCAGAAAACAGCGAUGCUUCGUGUCCCCGAUUUCAUUUCAUGCCACGUUUCGUGAGGUUUCUUCCAGAUGGAGGGAAGGAGGUCCUGUCGAUGCACCAGAUAUUGCUGUACCAGCUGCGGUGCAAUAAGCCCCUGGUCCCGGAAGAGGAGAUUGCCAACAUGCUGCAGUGGGAAGAGCUUGAGUGGCAGAAGUAUGCGGAAGAAUGCAAAGGGAUGAUCGUGACAAGUCCUGGCAUGAAGCCCAGCUCCGUUCGUAUCGAUCAACUGGACCGUGAGCAGUUCAAUCCUGAUGUGAUUACCUUCCCCAUUAUAGUCCACUUUGGAAUACGGCCUGCGCAGCUCAGUUAUGCCGGAGAUCCACAGUACCAAAAGCUGUGGAAAAGCUACGUAAAAUUGCGCCACCUGCUGGCCAACAGUCCCAAAGUGAAACAGGCCGAUAAACAGAAAUUAGUACAAAGAGAGGAAGCACUUCAGAAGAUUAGACAGAAGAACACCAUGAGGCGCGAAGUCACUGUUGAGCUGAGUAGCCAAGGCUUCUGGAAAACUGGCAUACGUUCCGAUGUCUGUCAGCAUGCCAUGAUGCUCCCAGUCCUGACUCACCACAUCCGCUACCACCAGUGUCUGAUGCAUUUGGACAAACUGAUAGGCUAUACUUUUAAAGACCGGUGUUUAUUGCAGCUUGCCAUGACGCAUCCGAGCCAUCACUUAAACUUCGGGAUGAAUCCAGACCAUGCCAGGAAUUCCUUAUCGAACUGUGGCAUCCGGCAACCCAAAUACGGAGACAGAAAAGUCCAUCAUAUGCAUAUGAGGAAAAAAGGCAUAAAUACCUUGAUCAAUAUAAUGUCCCGACUUGGACAAGAUGAUCCAGCUCCUUCCAGGAUUAAUCACAAUGAGCGUUUGGAAUUUUUGGGAGACGCUGUAGUGGAAUUUUUGACGAGCGUCCAUCUAUACUACCUGUUUCCAAGCUUAGAGGAAGGAGGAUUAGCCACAUACCGUACCGCCAUUGUUCAGAACCAGCAUCUUGCCAUGCUAGCUAAGAAGCUGGAGCUGGAUCGAUUUAUGCUUUACGCUCACGGGCCUGAUCUUUGCCGAGAGUCAGAUCUGCGCCACGCCAUGGCCAACUGCUUUGAAGCGUUGAUAGGGGCUGUUUAUCUGGAAGGAAGUCUUGAAGAAGCCAAGCAUCUGUUUGGGCGCCUGCUCUUUAAUUGCAAGGACCUGAGGGAAGUCUGGCUUAAUUACCCUCUACAUCCUCUCCAACUGCAAGAAUCCAAUACAGACCGACAGCUGAUUGAGACUUCUCCUGUCCUCCAGAAACUGACUGAGUUUGAAGAUGCCAUUGGGGUGAUUUUUACUCACGUUCGACUUCUGGCCAGAGCUUUCACUUUAAGGACUGUUGGUUUUAACCAUCUGACUCUAGGCCAUAAUCAGAGGAUGGAAUUUCUGGGUGACUCCAUAAUGCAGCUGGUGGCAACAGAAUACUUAUUCAUUCAUUUCCCUGAUCAUCACGAAGGCCAUCUAACGUUGCUGCGCAGCUCUCUGGUCAACAACAGGACGCAAGCCAAAGUGGCCGAAGAACUCGGCAUGCAAGAGUUCGCCAUCACCAACGACAAGACGAAGCGGCCAGUGGCCUUGCGGACCAAGACCCUGGCCGACCUUUUGGAGUCCUUUAUUGCUGCUCUUUACAUAGAUAAAGAUUUGGAAUAUGUCCAUACCUUCAUGAAUGUCUGUUUUUUUCCACGACUGAAGGAAUUCAUUUUGAACCAGGACUGGAAUGACCCUAAAUCCCAACUGCAGCAAUGCUGCUUAACCCUCAGGACGGAAGGAAAAGAGCCGGACAUCCCUCUUUAUAAGACACUACAGACGGUAGGACCAUCUCAUGCCAGAACGUAUACUGUCGCUGUGUAUUUCAAAGGAGAAAGAAUUGGAUGCGGUAAAGGACCAAGCAUUCAACAAGCCGAGAUGUGUGCAGCAAUGGACGCUCUGGAAAAAUAUAACUUUCCUCAGAUGGCCCAUCAGAAGCGGUUCAUUGAACGGAAGUAUAGACAAGAGCUUAAAGAAAUGAGAUGGGAAAGAGAACAUCAAGAAAAAGAGCCGGAGGAGGGGGAAGACAUACGGAAAUAAGUGGUGCCUACAGAAGCAAGCUGGGACUUUGCUUCCAUAAUAGUAACUUUGACAGAGGUCUGUGGAAAUCUCACCCAGAUUUGUGUUGAUGAAUGAACGAAGCCUGCUUGUUGGAGAUCAAAAUCAUGUUUGCUUUUAAUUUUUUUUUAGUGUUGAGUUUUCAUUCUGUUUUUAGCUAUAAUGUUUUGUUAAACAGCCUUUUUUUUAAAAAAAACAUAAUUUUUCCCCUCAAGAACUGUGUUUUUGUUUUCUAGCUUGUGCUUCUGAGACAAUAAAGUGUUUUCUUUCAGAAUCGUC